AUGUCUGAAGAUCUUCUGAUGCAGUUAGAGGCAUUUGUCUGUGAUAUGUAUGUCUCAAAGAACGGUAUCUCAGACGUGAAUCAAUGCAGAUAUUCGGUCUUCUGUGCAAAGAAAGGUAAUAAUAAUAAUAAAAAUUAUAAUAAUAAUAAACUUUAUUAAAGUGUCAUAUGAGGUUCGCUAAUCAGAGACACCUAGCUAUCUCCAUAAUAUUAAGAAAUUAGAUCACAAUAACAAAGAAAUACAUUCACCGAUAAAUGUAAAUGUAAAUGUUUUCCCGCCCCGUACCUAUGAUAUAUAUUCAUAUAUUCAUUCAGGUGAAGCGGAAUUCCAUCAGCUGCCUCCAUGCCAAGACAGCUUGGACAAACAUUGCCGGCGAGCCAACUAUCAAGCGGCGAUAUGGAAAAAUUCUCUACUAAACAACGACAUUCCAUCCCCAGUUGGUCAUGGCUGGUCUCUUGUAAAUGACAGAGCUCCAGAGAGAUUGCUGAUAGAUUGGAUGAGUGGACUCCCGGCACCAACAGCUGUAAUAGAGCUUAUGUCAUGUAUGUGCAAGAAGGCCUGUAAUGAUGAUUCAUGUGACUGCAUUCGAAAUGGCUUAAAGUGCUGCGACCUUUGCCGCCUAAUAACUUGUUCUAACCAGCCAGAAGAAGAGGAGGACAUCCAGGUCUACAUCCAGGUAGACCUGGAUGAAGAGCACGUUGACUUUGACUGA